GCUGCCGAUGCUGAACCCGGCCCGCAAGGGCUCCGGCCUCUUCACCAACCUCGCUGAGCACAGCUCCGAGUCGGUGGGCUCUCCCUUCGCGUGCAACCAAUACAAUGGACUGGAUUUAAUUCACCAGGAGAACUCAACGCAGGUGGAAAGCUGGACUCCCUGCAUAAACGUUGGCCAUCAGUUCCAGGCCACGUUGCCUGACCUAAUGGAGGCGUCCUUGGCGGAUCAGGACAAGCACACUGCAGACCUCGUCUGGAGACCCUGGAAAGGAUUAAUAGACAACCCAGACACGCAACAGAAGGUGGAGGACAUGUUGAACAUGGCGUGUUCCAGUGUGCUGCCAGGAGGAGGAACCAACCGAGAGUUUGCUCUUCACUGUCUCUUCGAGGAGGGGGCUGACAUUAUGGCCGUGUUGGAGAGACUGCUACUGAACACCAAGGUCCCCGCCCGAUCAGAGGCUUUGGCCAGUUACCAUUACACAGGAAGUUGCUCCUGGACCUUCAACGAACGCAAAGCCUUCAACAAAGCUUUCGGCCUGCACAAGAAGGACUUCUACACGAUCCAGAAAAUGGUAAAGUCCAAGCCAAUCGCGGAGUGCGUGGAGUACUAUUACAGCUUCAAGAAGAUCCUCAAGUUCAACAAGAAGCCAAGACUCAGGCCCUUGGACGCGGAGGAGGAUUGUGGCCAAGUGUUCCGACAAGACAGCGUCAAUGAGCCUCCGUUACGGUCACAGUCGCUGGAGCCCAUCCACAGAGAACGACAGAGCCCGUGCCCCACGGUUAUUGGCAACUUCCCCUGCAAACAGUGCGGAAAGAUGUUCUACAAGAUCAAGAGUCGGAAUGCUCACAUGAAGAUCCACAGGCAGCAAGACGACUGGCAGCACAGAUCGCAAGAUGGUUACUACCCGACAGCCACCUACACCCCCCCAUCGCUGGGCAAAGCCCCCACCGCCGCCUACUCCAACUGGGACAACAGGGUCAUUCAGGAGCACCUGGACGCCGUGACAGAAGCCAUGACCUGCACCAACUUACCACCGAUCUACCAGGAGGAGAUCAAACUGAACUUCGGCAAGGAGAAAUGUCAGAACAUCUUUAUAUAAUCACUCAAACUCCCCCCCACCACCACCACACCUCCC